CAAGUAGAUUUUAGUGAAAGCGAAUCUCAGAGCAAAAAAAUGGCUGAAUUCAGCAUUUCAGUAGAUCAGCUUUCAGUAAAUAAGUUCAGAUGUCCAGUGUGUCUGGAUCUCCUGAAGGAUCUACAAGAGAAGGUCUGCUCUGAGCACUAUGAGGUUUUGAAGAUCUACUGUCAAAGCUUCAUCUGUUACUUGUGUACAAUGCAUGAACACAGAGGGCAUGACACAGUUGCAGCUGCAGCAGAACGAGCUGAAAAACAGACUGAGCUGAAGGAGGAGCAGAUGAAAUUCCAGCAGAGAAUCCAGAAGAAGCAGAAGAAGGUGCAGGAGCUGAAACAGGAUGUGAACAUUAUAAAGCUCAGUGCACAGACAGCAGUAGAUGACAGUGAGAAGAUCUUUACUGAGAUGUUCAGCUCCAUGGAGAAAAAGCGCUCGGAGGUGACGGAACUAAUCAGAGAUCAGGAGAAGGCUGAACUGAGUCGAGAUCAGAGACUGAUUUCCUCACUAUAUCAAAUGAGAGAUGUUGAUGGACAGUGAUGCUGGGUGAGUCCUCACAUCCAGAAGAUACACUGAGAGACUGGAAACUCUACAGAGCCCUCCGAGCGCUUUUUCUCCACUUUAUCCAGCAUGAUGUCUCCGUGUAGAACAGGCCUUGUAUUGAAAGUGUGUCUGCACUGAGGACAGCUGAAGACACCCAUCUGAUCCUCCUGAUCCCAGCAGUCAUUAAUACACACCUUACAGAAACUGUGACCACACGGGGUAUCCACUGGAUCCUUCAGGAGAUCCAGACACACUGGACAUCUGAACUGAUUUACUGAUUUUCUUGCUCUGAGAUUCACUUUCACUGAAAUCUACUUGCUGUAUCUCUGUGUGUGUGUGUGUGUGUGUGUGUGUGUGUGUGUGUGUGUGUGUAAUAGCAGUAGAAAGGCAGCGAGGUUCUAAAUAAAGUGAAUUAUAAUACACUAAGUGUGAAAUCCUGCUCUCUGUGACUGUUAAUCAGGUGAUGGAGGUAAAUGAGCUCCAGUGUGGCCAUGGUAACCGGGGAGCUUCUUCAUGCACGUGCAUGGCCGGCUAAGUCUGUAGUAUGUUUAUGCUAAUAAUAAAUCACAUUGCUAGAGAUAAUGUAUGAGUUUCACAUCCCAGUGGUCAAAUAAACAAAGUGUUGUGAUCUCACGAGCUCCUUGUCUGCGGUCAAUUCAGCCGCUUUUUUUUUUUGACUUCGUGUCUAAUCUUGUUCUUACGGUAUGGGUGCUUUAGAUGAGUGAAUCCAGAAUCAUCCAGGAAAAAUAAACCGAUUCUUUAUAUGACUCGAGAUUCAUGAAUCAUUCUCUUCAUUUACUCGGAUCACUUGAGUCUUUGGUUAUUUUGCUACUAACAACAGAUAUAAAAACAAAU